GUCAGUGUUGUUAGUGUGGUAAGGAAGGGGGUGUUAGCAGAGGCGACGGAGAGGCAGAGUGCAAGAGCGUGAAGCUACUCGACAGCCAAUUGGUCCCGUUUGGACGAAAAACAAUCCGGAAUGGCGUCUGGAGAGACACUGUACAUAGAAACGGACGGCUCGGAGAUGCCGGCGGAGAUCGUGGAGCUGCAUGAAAUCGAGGUGGAGACCAUCGAGACCACGGUGGUCGGAGGAGACGACGACGACGACGACGAACAUCAGUCCAUGAUCGCGCUGCAGCCGCUGGUGUCUGACGACCCGAAUCACAUCCACCACCAAGAGGUGAUCUUAGUCCAGACCCGGGAGGAGGUGGUGGGAUGCGAUGACUCGGAACUGCACACAAACGACGGCUUUGAGGACCAGAUUCUGAUCCCGGUCCCUGUUCCAGCCGCGGAGGAAGAGUUUAUCGAGCAGACUCUGGUGACUGUGUCUGGGAAAAACACGGGGCGCCUGAAGAAAGGAAGCGGCAAGAAAGUGGUUAAAAAAGGCUUUCUGGGCGCUACAGAGGCGAGCGGACGGAAAUGGGAACAGAAGCAAGUGCAGAUAAAAACGCUCGAAGGAGAAUUUUCUGUUACUAUGUGGGCAUCGGAUGAUAAGAAGGACAUUGAUCACGAGACAGUAGUUGAGGAGCAGAUCAUCGGGGAGAACUCCCCUCCAGAUUACUCAGAGUACAUGACGGGCAAGAAGCUGCCACCUGGUGGAAUCCCGGGCAUUGACUUGUCCGACCCCAAACAGCUGGCAGAGUUUGCUAGGAUGAAACCACGAAAAAUGAAGGAAGAUGAUUCACCAAGAACAAUAGCCUGCCCCCACAAAGGUUGCUCAAAAAUGUUCAGAGACAACUCUGCAAUGAGGAAGCAUUUGCACACACACGGACCACGUGUCCACGUGUGCGCUGAAUGUGGGAAAGCAUUUGUUGAAAGUUCCAAACUCAAACGACAUCAGUUGGUUCAUACUGGCGAAAAGCCUUUCCAGUGCACAUUUGAAGGCUGUGGAAAGCGUUUCUCUCUGGACUUCAACUUGCGCACACAUGUGCGUAUUCACACUGGAGACAGACCCUACGUGUGCCCGUUUGACGGCUGCAAUAAGAAAUUUGCCCAGUCCACCAACCUAAAGUCUCACAUUUUGACACAUGCUAAAGCUAAGAACAACCAGUGAAUGGACUGGAUCUGGAAAGACGUUUCAAUAAGGACAGCAGCAUUCAACGCUUUAAAAAAACACCCUUUGUGUGUUGUUUGUAGAAGAUUUUUUUGUAAGAGAGAGUAUCUACUGAUGUUUUAUCAGAAUGAGUAUUUAACUGAUGAACUGACACCCAACUAGCCCUUAGGACACUUCUUAUGGUACAAACUGAACUGAAAUUUCUUUACUACCAGAAAGUGUCUUCUUUUGAAGACGUGCGUUUCUGGACCUUCAUCCACAACCCGAGAUAUUCUUUCUCCAGAACCCAAAGAGUCUAAUUUUUCUGUCUGUGUAUGUUACCUGUCCGCAAAGAGACAUGACUGCUUUUUUAGUUGUCUUCUAAGUGUGCAUAUUGUACACUUUUUAGACAUUAGCUUUGUCUUGAAAUGUUUUUUCCCCCUGAGAUUUGAUAUAUGUGAAUGCUCUUCUUCAAAAAGAAGGAGAUACUAUUAAAUUUUUUUUUUCCAGUCAUGAGGUAUCCUCCAGUGGUAUCUCAUUUUGUAUAACUGUUCUGUAAAAAUAUUUUGAAAAUCAUGUAGAUAAUAGAGAUGUUAGAUUUCUGUUUAACCUAUUAAAGGAAUUUUAUUCAAUUAAAAAUUGCGCCACUGCA